GUGCUGAUUUCACCCAAGUUGUUUGUUUACAAACAAAAUGAAUAAUGGAGACAAUAACUUACGAAGAGGAUCUCCACACAAACCCACUUUACAUCAGACUGAUUGACAAGUAUUCUCUCCUCCAAGAAAUCUCAAUAAACAACUGGAUUGUAGCACUUCCAAAAAGAUCAAGUUACACAAGUAAGUACCUUAAUAAUCAUGAAUUUAUGCUGGCACACAUACUGGCACCGUCGGAGGAACUACCUAAAACACACUUUUGUAACUUAAUUGGGGAGGAAGUGCUGAUUAAUGGAACUGACGUAAAGAUUAAAAGUGAUACAGCGGCUAUUAAUGUCCAUAUCCUGUUUGAAGAAUAUUUUUAUACAAAAGAUAGUCAACGUUACAAGAUAUUAUGCAUAGACAAGCCACUCAGUACAAAAUUCGCAAAUAAUCUACCGUCAUGCAAUGACACAGUCGUCAAAAGUGUCCAUCAAAGUCUAGAUUUAAUCCAUAAUUUAUGUUCAAAGCAAGUCGAACGUAAAAUUGAUAAUGCGAUUAAAAGUUUCAAUCUACGGAUUCAAAAGUCGACUGAUUACGACAGUCUCCAAGCAAACAUCAAGCUACUGUACGAAUAUUGUGUCAAUAUAACGUGCACGAAGAAAAUAAAGGAAGAGCAGUUCUUGUGCAUGAAUAUGAAGUUUGCGGUCGAAUAUGUGCUACUUGAUUCCAUUUAUGAUAAGAUUUUUGAUGCCCUAAUUAUUAAGCAUGCGGAGGAAAAUGAGAAAUUUAACAAAAUUAUUAAAAAUCUAUCAAAUAUAUCACUUAAGGAUCUCAACAUAUCUGAAUCUGUAGCUUCUAAAUUCUAUGACAACUUUAAUAUUAUUAGAUUAGAAAUGCUUAAAAUUGAUAACUGUAAGACGAGUCUAGACAAACUAAGUUGCAUUAAAAAUGUCAUCGACACAAUCUCUUCAAUUAUCGGGAAUGUAACCACAGACAUCCUCCUACCUAUUAUGGUCUACUUAGUUAUUAAAGGAAAUUAUUAUCACUGGAUUCCCACAUUAUCAUUUGUCCAAGAAUUUAAUUUAUCUUCAGUUCUUAGUGCUGAAAAUCAGUCAACUGGAAGUGCUUUGCUGUAUAUUUUAACGACAUUAGAAGCUAUCAUUUACUUUAUACAGACCAAUGAGAAUAUCUGCUUAGAAAAGGACAACUUACUCAAUCCAAAGGACAUUAAUGAUGUUCAUAGUCAAGAAGACUAUUUGAUCCACAUCUUUACAUGCAUCAAAGAUCAUAAUGAUGUAAAAUUCAUGAAUUUACUUAACAUGUCAUAUUCAGCAUUUAAAAAUGAAUUGUCAGUAAAAUGCCCUUCUAUUCCUGCUUCAUGUCAUCCACUUUGUAGGUGUGAAAGAUGUGACAAGAAGGUAGAAUCCUCAACUUUAGAUAUUAAUCAGACAUCACAAGAUAAAUUGACUAUGCUGCAUAUAGCAUCAGCAUUUAAUGCACCGAAAAUUCUCACAAUUUUAACAAAUCAAGGUGCAGAUGUUAAUGCUAGAGAUUCUCGAGGAUAUACAGCCUUGCACUAUGCAGCACAAAAAGGACAUCAAAAAGUUUUAUUUCUCCUUCUGCACAACCAAAACAAUUCAAUUAAUUUACGUACGAAUGAUCAGCAAACAGCUUUAAUUUUGGCAUCAAUUUAUGGACACGAGCAGUGUGUCAAAGCACUUUUAUUUUUCGCAGAGCAUACACAUACAGCACUUGAUGUUAAUUCACAAGAUAAAGAUGGGAUGACUGCGUUACAUUACGGAUCCCAAUUUGGAUAUAAUGGAAUUGUUGAAAAUCUACUCGAAUAUCAAGCUAAAGCGACGAUAAAGAAUCACAUUGGGAAGAUUCCUGUUGAUUAUGCUAGAAACUCAAUAAUUAAGAAGAAGUUGGAGGAAGCAGCCAAAUAUCAAGUUGAGGAAUUGCCAAUAACUGAAAAUGAAUUCAUUUUUAUACGCAAAGAAGAUUUAGCGGAUAUUUUUCAAGAAGUCACUUAA